UUAAUUUUAAUUAAAAUAAUAUUAUUAAUAAAACCUUGCUUGUCAAAAAAAAUAAAAAUAAAACCUUAUCCAAACUAAGGUUUAAAUCUAACCAUGGUAAACGUAAACUCCCAACCAUCUCUCUUCCAUCUCUUUCUCUUUCCCUUUCUCUCUCCUCUCAUCUUUUUCUCCUCCGUUUUUUCUCUCUCUUACCUGAGUAGUGUGCGUUCACAUUCUUCAACCUCCUCAUAUAUUUAUUUUUCUGCCAUUAUUCUGAUAACCUGUAUGGUCAAGCUGUUUGACAAGAGCUACUAUUAUCCAUGGGAUCAAAAUCAUAUGGAAACUUGCUGGGCCUAGUCUCUGGUGAUCUACUGGAUAUCCCAUGUACCACUAGAACUCUUCCAAGGGUUAUGACUGUUCCUGGGAUUAUCUCUGACUUGGAUGGCCGUGAAAGUAGUGAUGAAGAUACAGAGGCUUCAAUUGUUCGUGAGAGAAUAAUUGUUGUUGCUAAUAUGCUGCCUCUCCAUGCCUCUAGGGAUCUGGAAACUGGAAAGUGGCGUUUUACUGUAGAUGAGGAUUUAAUUCUGUUACAGUUGAAAAAUGGAUUGCCACCCAAUACUGAAAUUAUCUACAUUGGUUCUCUGAAGGCUGAUGUUGAUAUCAAUGAGCAGGAUGAGGUUUCACAGAAGCUUUUCAAGGAAUUUAAAUGUGUUCCUACUUUUCUGCCCCAGGACCUCCAGAAGAAAUUCUAUCAUGGGUACUGUAAGCAGUACCUGUGGCCACUAUUUCAUUAUAUGCUACCCAUGUGCCCUGACCACGGUGAUCGUUUUGAUCGCUCACUCUGGCAGGCAUAUGUUUCUGCUAAUAAAAUAUUUGCUGAUAAAGUAAUGGAAGUCAUAAACCCUGAGGAUGAUUAUGUAUGGGUGCAUGAUUAUCAUCUCAUGAUCCUACCUACUUUUUUAAGGAAACGAUUCUAUCGAGUUAAGCUGGGAUUUUUCUUGCAUAGCCCAUUCCCUUCGUCGGAAAUUUACCGAACCUUGCCUGUAAGGGAUGAAAUCUUGAGAGGCCUGCUGAAUUGUGAUUUAGUUGGUUUUCAUACCUUUGAUUAUGCCAGGCAUUUCCUGUCAUGCUGCAGUAGGAUGCUCGGAUUGGACUAUGCAUCAAAGCGAGGGCAUAUUGGAUUGGAUUACUUUGGUCGCACUGUUUUCAUUAAAAUCUUGCCUGUCGGUAUCCAUGUUGGUCGGAUAGAAUCUGCUUUGAAUCUUCCGUGCACAUCAGUCAAAGUUAAAGAAAUUCAAGAACAGUUCAAAGGGAAAAAAGUGAUAGUUGGGAUUGAUGAUAUGGAUAUAUUUAAAGGAAUCAGUCUGAAGUUAUUGGCCAUAGAGCAACUGCUGCUUCAGAAUCCAGAGUUCCAGGGAAAGUUGGUCCUUAUUCAAAUCAUUAAUCCUGCCCGAAGUUCAGGAAAGGAUGUACAGGAAGCAAAGAGGGAGACCUAUCUGAUUGCAAGAAGGAUCAAUGAGAUGUAUGGUUCUCCAAGUUAUGAGCCUGUAGUUAUUAUUGAUCGCCCUGUUCCUCGUUUUGAGAAGUCAGCAUAUUAUGCUUUAGCUGAAUGCUGCCUAGUGAAUGCUGUUAGGGAUGGAAUGAAUCUGGUUCCAUACAAGUAUAUUGUCUGCAGGCAAGGAACACCUGCUUUAGAUGAAGCUUUGGGCAUAAAAUCAGACACUCCUCACACAAGCAUGCUUGUAGUCUCGGAAUUUGUAGGAUGCUCUCCUUCACUCAGUGGUGCGAUCAGAGUGAACCCAUGGGAUAUUGAUGCUGUUGCCGAAGCCUUGAAUAUGGCUCUUACGAUGCCAGCUACUGAGAAACAAUUACGACACGAAAAACAUUAUCGAUAUGUUAGCUCUCAUGACGUGGCUUAUUGGGCACGCAGCUUUGUGCAGGAUCUGGAAAGAGCAUGCCAAAACCAUUAUAAUAAGCGGUGUUGGGGAUUUGGUUUAGGGCUAGGUUUCAGAGUUGUCUCUCUUUCGCCAAAUUUCAGGAAGCUGAAUGUUGACUUUGUUGCCUCAGCGUAUAAGAGGACCACUAAACGAGUGAUAUUUCUUGAUUAUGAUGGCACUAUUGUGCCACAAACAAGUAUGAACAAGUGUCCAAGUCCUGAAGUUAUCUCUGUCUUGAAUGCUCUUUGCAAUGAUCCCAAAAACACAAUAUUCAUCGUCAGCGGUAGAGGAAAAGCUCAACUAAGUGAAUGGCUCAGCCCAUGUCAGUUGUUGGGGAUAGCUGCUGAGCAUGGGUACUUCUUACGGUCGAAUAAAGCUGCUGAUUGGGAAUCUAAUACUGCAGAGCUUGAUUGGAAAGACAUUGUUGAACCUAUCAUGAGAUCGUAUACUGAGGCAACAGAUGGAUCCAGCAUAGAGAGUAAAGAAAGUGCCUUAGUGUGGCACCAUCAAGAUGCAGAUCCUGACUUUGGGUCCUGGCAAGCAAUGGAGUUAAUGGACCAUCUUGAAAAUGUGCUUGCCAAUGAACCAGCUGUUGUUGCCAGGGGUCACAACAUUGUUGAAGUUAAGCCACAGGGUGUUAGCAAGGGGCUUGUUGUUGAGAAAGUUAUAACAACGUUAAUCGAUGAUGGAAAACGACCAGAUUUUCUUGUGUGCAUUGGGGACGACAGAUCUGAUGAAGACAUGUUUGAAAGCUUGUUGAAGUUCUCAGGUUCAUCUUUACCUGGGCUUCCUGAGGUCUUCUGCUGCACGGUUGGGCAAAAGCCUAGCAAAGCGAAGUACUAUCUUGAUGAUACAUCUGAUGUCUUACGGCUGCUGGGCGGCCUAGCAGCUGCUGCCUCAACUCAAAAACCUCGGUAUAAUCCUCAUGCUCAAGUCUCGUUUGAAAGUACGUUCUAGUAGGCCUAUGUGUGCUUAUAGUUAUAGAUCCGCCCAGUGUGUCUACGCCAGAAAAUAUGUUUUCACAGGAUUCCUUCUUUACUCGACUCCUGUGAUCUCGCGGGAUUUCAAAUCUUUUGAACACAUUAAAACAUUGGGAAAUUGUACAUGGUGACAGUAGUGUAGUUCUCCGACAGGAAGGUUCCUUUGAUGCAGAUCGUCAUACAACUGUGGUUGCUUUAAAUUGCACCAGAUUCCACCCAUCAAUUUGUACAAAAAUCAGUUUGAUGUCAAGGUUCCCUUAUUGUCUCUAACAAAGUGAUUUGGAUGAUCAUGAACAAAAAUCAUAGGGAUAUCCGACUUGAUCUUACAUGGAGGUCAACAGGAUACUUGUUGCUAACAAAAAAAGCUUAGGCGGACAUAAGCGGCUUCUUCUACACCCCGUUGAAUCAAAAUUCGGAAAAAAGAGUGAGUUUCUGUGUAUUACUUCGUCAUAUGCUAACUGUUAUUGGAAAUGGGCUUGUAUGUUUUGCCCUUGUAAAUGUCUUUGUAUACAUGGACAACCCAUGGAGUAGUAGAAAACCGGCUAUUGUUGUUCUUUAUAAUAUAAAAUCGAUUGUUUCUUUUUUGGUUGAA